AGUUCCCGGCGGAGCGCGGCCCCAGCGCGGCUUGGCUCCGCUGUGCUCUCGCGGGGCCCGCUCGCCCCCGCGCCCGGCCAUGGCGCGCUGAGCGCCGCGGAGCCGCCAGCCCGGGGCCGGCCGGGGCAGCCGGCAGGACGGAGCCGGCAGGACGGAGCGGGCCCGGCGGGCGGGACGGCGCUCGGCCUGCGCCGGGCGGGCGCGGCGGGCGGCGGCGGCGGCGGGCGGAGGCGCCAUGGAGCCGGCGGAGGUGAAGGACCGCAUCCUGGAGAACAUCUCCCUCUCCGUCAAGAAGCUGCAGAGCUACUUUGCUGCCUGUGAAGAUGAGACACCGGCCAUCAGAAACCAUGACAAGGUCCUGCAGCGGCUCUGUGAACACCUGGACCACGCUCUGCUCUACGGACUGCAAGAUCUCUCCUCGGGGUACUGGGUGCUGGUGGUUCACUUCACGCGCCGGGAAGCCAUCAAACAGAUCGAAGUGCUGCAGCACGUGGCCACCAACCUGGGACGCAGCCGGGCCUGGCUAUACCUUGCCCUCAAUGAAAAUUCCUUGGAGAGCUACUUGAGGCUGUUCCAGGAGAACCUCAGCCUGCUGCACAAGUAUUAUGUCAAGAACGCCCUGGUCUGCAGUCACGACCAUCUGACCUUGUUCUUAACACUGGUGUCUGGACUGGAGUUCAUCCGCUUUGACUUGGACCUGGAUGCUCCAUACCUGGAUCUGGCCCCCUACAUGCCGGAUUACUACAAACCUCAGCACCUGCUGGACUUUGAGGAGCGCCUGCCCAGCUCCGUGCACGGCUCCGACAGCCUCUCCCUCAACUCCUUCAACUCUGUCACCUCCACCAACCUGGAAUGGGACGACAGUGCCAUUGCUCCAUCCAGCGAGGAUUAUGAUUUUGGAGAUGUCUUUCCAGCAAUGCAGACCAUGCCCAGCAGAGACUGGGAAGACGGGGACCUGACGGACACGCUGAGCUGCCCACGCUCGGAGCCCAACGGCAGCAGGGCCGCGGCGAGGAGCCCCACGCAGCAGCGCCACAACCCCUUCAACCAGGACAGGGCUGAGGCACCGUCCUCUGCUGACACCACGCCCGUGCACAGGGCAGAGGCCACCCCCGAGGGAACGGACCAGUCCGAGAGCUGCACGGAGCUGGAGGUCAUCAGGUUAGCCAAGAAGAAGAAGACGGGCAAGAAGAAGAAGGUGAAGCCUGAGGAGGCGGUGAACAGCCCAGCACCCGCAGCGCCCGAGGCCAGCGGGGACAGCGGCGUCAAUGGGCUCAGCGACAGGGAGGAGCCACCGAGGGAUGGGGAGGGGGACAGGGAGGAGCCGCCGAGGGACACGGACCGGGAGGAGCCGCCGAGGGACGGGAGCUCCGCUGCCCCCGGCGGGCCGGAGGAGGGCGGGGAGCGCGCUGCCCUUGGCCCGCUGGCCCUGCGCAUCCCCGAGAUGAAGGACACGUCCAUGGAGAGCGUGGGGCAGCCCCUGAGCAAGGUCAUGGACAGGCUCAACGGGCAGCUGGACCCCGGGGGCUGGAACGCCGCCCUGGAGCCCCCCGGGCAGCCCUUUCGGACCGGCACGCCAGGGGAGACCCCGGAUGGAUCGUCCUCUGGCGACUUUAGCGAGGGGAUUUCAGCCCCCAUGGACUUCUACCGAUUUACCAUCGAGAGUCCAAACGCUGCUGCACCAGGUGGUGGCCACCAUGACCCUCCAGGGCCUGGCCAACCGCCACAUGUUUCUGGUAGCCCUGAGGCUCCUGAAGAAGAAGAAAGCAGAGAGGGAGAAGCAGUUGGGGCAGUAGAGGAGUCUGAAAGGGCGAGUGAUGAACCUCAGACUAGCCAGACAGAAACCACCAACCCGCAGGCUCUCUGUGAGCCCAAGAAGGAGCAGCCCAGCCCUUCCCUGAGCAGCGCUGAGGACUCUGGGGUGGAGGAGGGGCAGGGCAGCCCCUCGGAGCUGACCCAUCCCUCUGAGUUCAGGGUGGAUAACAACCAUCUCCUCCUGCUGAUGAUCCACGUCUUUCGGGAGAACGAGGAGCAGCUGUUCAGGAUGAUCCGAAUGAGCACAGGGCACAUGGAGGGGAACCUGCAGCUGAUCUACGUCCUGCUGACAGAUUGCUACGUGUACCUGAUCCGGAAAGGGGCAGCGGAGAAGCCGUACAUGGUGGAGGAGGCCGUGUCCUACAACGAGCUGGAUUACAUCUCGGUUGGGCUGGAUCAGCAGACAGUGACCCUGGUGUGCACCAACCGGAGGAAGCAGUUCCUGCUGGACACUGCCGACGUGGCUCUCACCGAGUUCUUCCUGGUCUCCUUGAAGUCAGCCAUGAUCAAAGGGUGCCGGGAGCCCCCUUAUCCCAGUAUCCUCACAGAUGCCACCAUGGAGAAACUGGCACUUGCCAAGUUUGUGGCGCAGGAGUCCAAGUGCGAGGCCUGCAACGUGGUUGUGCGUUUCUACGGCCUCGUUCACUGGGAGGACCCCAUGGAUGAGGCGCUGGGGCCCUCCGGCAGCAGCUGCUCCUCUGCAGAACACGCUGUCACCAAGGAUGGCAUCCUGCACUACAAGGCAGGCACCUCCUACCUGGGCAAGGAGCAGUGGAAGCCUUGCUUCGUGGUGCUCAGCAAUGGGAUCUUGUACCAGUACCCCGAUCGCACGGACGUCACCCCUCUGCUCUCCAUCAACAUGGGCGGCGAGCAGUGCGGGGGAUGCCGGCGUUCCAACACCACCGACCGGCCCCACUCCUUCCAGGUGAUCCUGACGGACCGGCCCUCCCUGGAGCUGAGCGCCGACAACGAGGAGGACAUGGCAGACUGGAUGCAGUACUUCUGCCAGGCUGUCUCCAAAGGGGUGAUCCCCCAGGGUGUUGCCCCGACGCCGUGCGUUCCCUGCUGCCUGGUGCUGACAGAUGAGAAGGCUUUCACGUGCCACGAGGACUGCCAGACCAGCUUCUUCCGCUCGCUGGGCACCGCGGAGCUGACCGAUGUCACCGCUGUCUCCACGGAGGCUGGCAAGGAGUACUGCAUCCUGGAGUUUGCUCAGGACAGCAAGGAGUUCCUGCCCCCCUGGGUCCUUUAUUUUAGUUGCACUACGGAACUGGAGAGGUUCCUGUCAGCACUGAACGUCGCAUGGAGGAACAUCUACCAGGUCGAUCUCCAGCACAAGGCCAUUCUGGAUGCUGCUGUGAAGAAGAAAUGUGAGGAUGCCCAGAGCCUCAUCGACAGCGCCUGGCAGCGCAGCGACAGCCUCUGCCGGGGCCGGGCCGAGCGGGACCCCUGGUGUUAACCCUGCCCAGGGGAGGACAGCUCACAGGGCCCAUUUUUGGGGAUCAGGGCCUGUAUCUGGGCAGCUGGCACCCCAAACCCUCCUGCCAUCGCUUGGUCUCCACCAGGGCCGUGCCUGCAGCGUGGACCCCGCGCUCUCCACCGAGCCAGGGACAUCUGGCGUGGUUUGGGGAGCAGCCAGACGCUUCACCACCUGCACCUUCUUCCUUGUCCAGCUGCCACGGGGCAAAAAGUUUGCCUUUCACAGAAUAAUGUCCCAGUAGUAGUGAGGGAGAGGAUGGGAGCAGGGUGGGCUGGGAAAAGCAUCCCCGUUCUGGUGGGGAGCAGGACUGAGGACUUGUUCAUUUUCGAACAGGGUCGGGGCGAGGUGGGAACACUCAGUCGCUACCGUGCAUGUCUUGUUGCUCAUACAAUCACCGCUGUGUUGGGAGGAGUUGGCACCGCCCCGCCUCCUCCUCUUGGAGGGCUCGCCCAGGGCCUCCGGACUCCACUGAACCACUCUCAGCCUGUCCAGGAGAUUUGAGGCUAAGGAAGAAGGAACAAGGCCAAAUAUUUGGCUUAAACAUGGUUUUAGGAAAUCUUAGCAGCCAGUUUGUGGUUUUAAUGCUGACCCUGUGCACUGGGGGAGAAGAGAUGGAGUCCCAUGUUCUUCAGGUGUCCUGAGGGACAUUGUCAUGUGGCUGCCACCAAACACGGUCCCCAUCUCCUCAGCUCACUGCAUCUGAGGCCAGCGAGGACCCAUCGCCACUUGCGCUCCACAACGAGCACUUUGGGGCACAAGCCCAGCUUUUAAAUAAUAUUAAUAACAAUAAUAAUAACCCAGAGACCUUCUCAUGUAAUAUAAGUUCACGGGGCCUUUUUCUGGGAGGAAACAUACGUGACUGAAUGUAUAUGUACAUACAUUUGCUUCCUUUCCCCCCUCCCCAAAUAAAUAGACCUUGGUAACUCA